AGAACAGAAAGUAAGGUUUGUAGUAAAUACGCUGUAUUUUGCUUUUGCUUUCCCUUCUUUUCCAGCUGUGUGUGUGAGAGCGGAAGAACAUUCGAGCGCGCUUUCAUCUUGUAGGAGUAUGGAUUCAAUGUCGAGUGUCUCUGUUUAAAUUCAGAUCUAUUAGUGAAAAAAGAGGGAGAUGUUGCUGGAUGAGCCUACUUGGGGUCAUUUAUUGCAGUCCCACUGAUGGCGUCUGAAACGGCGUCGUCGUCUGCCGAUGGAGAAGCCGUUGCUUCAGUAGCUACGCCGGCUGCAGUAGCAGGGCCUGACAAAAGAGGCAAGCAUCGGAUUCUUGCGGAAGUGAAGCGUCUUGAGCAAGAUACCCAAUAUCUUGAGGAAGAACUGGAAGUGCUUGGAAAAACCGAAAAUGUGUCAACUAUAUGCAAGGAGUUACUGCAGAACAUGGAAAGUAGGUCUGAUCCACUCCUCCCAGAAAUUCGUGGACCUGUGAACAUGCUGUGGGAUAGAUGGUUUGAAGGGCCUCAGGAUCCCCAAUCAUGUAGAUGUUGGAUACUUUGACAGGAAGCAGUCCUUCAUUUGACUAGCCUGGCAAAAAGAAUGCCUCAUAUGACUGCGUAACAUAGACUCUGUUACUUGGUGCUGCAUGGAUCCAUUAAAAAACUGGUGUGACAAAAAAAAAUAAAAAAUAAUGGAUCCUUAAUUUAUUACAGGAGAUGCUGCUUCCAAUACUGGUUUUGUAAAUCACAUUCAUUAACUGAAUUCAAAUGAUUAGAAGGAUCACUUUUUGUGCUUAUCA